AUGUCCGCUCCAAUUCUACUACAGGCUUUGCCUAAACAUAGCCAGGAGCUUCAUCCUCCAUCCGCGCCAAUGUCCUCUCAAUCAGACACACCUUUCAUACUCGACUCAGAGAAGUCCCAGAAGUGCUUGCCACUGAGCUUCCGCGAUCGUCUUCGUCAUUUCACAUGGGCAUGGUACACCCUCACCAUGAGCGCAGGAGGUCUAGCCCUCCUCAUCGCAAACCAGCCGAACCGAUUCAAAGGCUGCCGUGAGAUUGGCCUAGCCAUCUACCUCAUCAACCUCGUCCUCUUCUCCCUCGUCUGCUCUCUCAUGGCAGCACGGUUCACAAUCCAUGGCGGAAUGCUCAACUCUUUCCGCCAUGAACGCGAAGGCCUCUUCUUCCCAACCUUUUGGCUCUCCAUCGCAACAAUGAUAACCGGUCUGGACAAGUACUUCGGCGAGAACCCCACCCCGGCGUUCACAACAACCCUCGAAGUCCUCUUCUGGCUAUACUGCUUCUGCACCUUCACUCUCGCCGUGGUACAAUACUCCUUCGUCUUCACCUCGCACACCUACCGCCUCCAAACAAUGAUGCCAUCCUGGGUCCUGCCCGCGUUCCCAGUAAUGCUAAGCGGGACCAUUGCGUCCGUCAUCUCCGCAAGCCAGCCCGAGCGCGCAGCAAUCCCAAUCAUCACUGCCGGAAUAACCUUCCAAGGGCUGGGCUUCUGUAUCUCGUUCAUGAUGUACUCGCACUACAUUGGGCGACUGAUGGAGAGUGGACUUCCGUGCCGCGAACACAGACCAGCGAUGUUCAUCUGCGUCGGACCGCCAGCUUUCACGGCACUUGCUCUCGUGGGUAUGGCGCAGGGACUGCCUGAGACGUUCCGGGUGAUGGGGAGUGAAGACACUGCUGCUGAUGGACGCAUGCUGGAGAUUUUGGCGUUGGCGACGGGCGCAUUCCUGUGGGCGCUGAGCUUCUGGUUCUUCUGUGUCGCUGCUAUUGCGGUUAUUCGGUCGCCGCCGAGGAGCUUCCAUCUUAGCUGGUGGGCGAUGGUUUUCCCUGAUACGGGGUUCACCAUUGCUACUAUUACGCUUGGAAAUGCUUUUGAUAGCGCCGGGAUUAAGGGUGUUGGCUCUGCGAUGACGAUCUGCAUUGUCUGCAUGUUCCUCUUCGUCUUUGUCAACCAUGGUCUUGCGGUCUAUCGCCAGGAUAUUAUGUAUCCUGGUAAGGAUGAGGAUACUUCGGACUGA